AUGGGUGCUGAAGCAGAGACUAAGAAAAGAAAGCUGUCGGUGGAGCAGCUUGAAUCAUCAAAAAGACCAAGGCAGGAGGAGGAUGAGUCGGCACAAACUACUACAAGCGUAGUAGAGGUCACGUCGUCUAUUGCUACUCCUAGCCAGUGUUUCUACAAGGUAUCAGUGUCUUUAUAUGUUUCCUUAGCUCCUGUGCAUCUGAACGAUCCUGUGUCGGGCAUAAAAUCUCAACAUUUAGACCCAUUGCUGAUGACAUUCUUCCCAGAGGCUGGUGGGGUGGUUUUGGCUCAUUAUAAUUUAGAACUAUGCGGUCAAGAUAAAAGACCUGCUAAAAGUUCAUCCAAGCCAUCUGAUGACUUGGAUGGUGAAACUGACGAGUCCGGCCCCAUCGCCGUGGCUAAAAUCAUGUAUGAUAGUCCAUUUGCAUUCAUGUGGAUCAAUGUGGACCUGUUAGUAUGGAAACCUCGAGCUGGCGACAUUGUAGAGGGCUGGAUUAAUAUGCAAUCUCCAUCACACAUUGGUCUAUUGAUUCAUGAUACAUUUAACGCUAGCAUCAAAAGGGAUGCCAUUCCCAGGGAUUGGAGAUUUGUUCCUAACCAAGAAGACGAAGCAGAAGAUGGUGAAGACCACACACCUAAUGACCAAGAGCAGGAGUCCGCUGAAGAUGUUACUGCUGCCACAACUGGCAUAGAAGAAGAAGGGGUCAAUGAUGAGAAAUUGAUUAAUACAAGUGCUGAAAAUAGUGGCACAAGUAAAGCUAGCAAAGGAGCCCUAGUGAGCCCACCGCGUUCGCUGGGAUACUGGGUCGAUGGCAACGGACUGCGUGUCGAUGGUAAGCUUAACUUUACUGUGAGAGUUUUCAACGUAUCUGGUAGAACAGUCUCAGUACAAGGUUCACUACUUAAACCAGGCGCAGUGAAGGAAGACCUCACCCAGCCCUACAGAAAAACUGAAGAUGAUAUCCAAGUCCAUGGCGUUCCAAAAGCUAAGCAUGUCACCUUUGUUGACGACUUAGAGGCUAGCAGCCAGUCCCCGAACACUGGCGAUGACUCCAAUUAA